GGCGUUUCAUCGUGUUCUCGAGUCGCAAAGAGUACUCGUUUCGCCCUGACAAGCCCCGCGGAUUGGGUAAGUUAUACAGGCACGUAGGCUCCUGCUCGGGGUCGGAUCGCAAGGGUUCCGCUGGACCUCAGGACAUAAAGGCCUCUGUUGGAGGCAGCUUAGAGAGCGAUAUGAACUGUUUGACCUGAUAGCAAAAUGGCUCAAAAGCCGCUUUCCAUACUCAUAUCCGGCGCCGGCGUCGCGGGCUCCUCGCUCGCCCUCAUGGCUGCCUGUCAACCCUUAUUCAAUCCCAAACCCAUCAUCACGCUCCUCGAGCGCUCCGCCACGCCGCGUACCACUGGACAGGCCAUUGACAUCCGCGGCCCUGCAGUUCGCGUGAUUCGCCAGCUUGGGCUCGAGAAGAAGAUUAAGGAGCUACACACGACCGAACUUGGCAUCAUUAUCGUCAACGCAAGGGGCAAGAAUGUUGCGCAGUUCGACGCAAGUGGCGACGCCGAUAAGCAGGCCGCAUUUUCGAGCGAGUAUGAGAUCCUCCGGGGCGAUUUAACGGCCUUGCUGCUGCAGGAGAUUGAAGCUGCUCGGGAGGGCGAGCAAGCGAAUGUGAAGAUUGUCUAUGGCGAGAGCAUCGAUUCGCUGAAAGAGCAUGAUGAUGGCGUGGCAGUGAAGUUCGGGAACGGGAAGCUCGAACCGCAAAAGUACGAUGUCGUGGUCGCAGCGGACGGAAUGUCAUCACGGACUCGCCCCAUGAUUUUCAAGGAGCAGGCUCCGCAAGAGUGUACCAACCCGAUUGGAAUGUUCAUUGCGUACUUUACGAUUCCGCGUAUUAAAGAUGACGACGACUACUGGCGCUGGCGCAAUGUCCCUGGUGGUUUGGCCGCCCACAUUCGGCCGCAUCGCAACAAGACGACGAUGGGAGUCUACCUUUCGGUCGUGAACGCGAAGAAAGAGCGGCUACCGGAACUUGAUGAGGUGCUUUCCAAGGACGCUAACGCUCAAAAGGCCUUUCUGCGAAAACGGUUCGAGGGUGGAGGCUGGAAAACCGAACGUCUUCUCGACGGCAUGGACCAAUGUGGCGACUUCUACAUGCAGCAAGUCGCUCAGAUUCGAAUGCCGAAUUGGACCAAAGGCAGAUGUGCCAUCGUGGGCGAUUCAGCAUUUGCCACGAUGGGCAUAGGCACCAGUUUGGCUAUGACUGGUGCGUACAUCAUUGCUGGGGAGCUAGCAAAGAUGAGCUCAACCAGUUCUGAGGAUAUUUCAGCGGCCCUGGGACGAUACGAGGAGAUUUUCAGGCCUUACGUUGACAAUCAUACUACGGCCCCGCUAGGAUUUCCGCAGUUUGCGAACCCGCAGACGAAAUUUGGUAUUGGGGUCUUACAUGCAGUGCUGAAAGCUGCAUACUGGACAAGACUGGAUAAGCUCUUUCAAGGGCUUGGUGACACAAAGGAAGAGGAGUGGAAGCUGCCCGAUUACCGCUGGUAGCUGGCGAUCUCCUUGCGCAUAUCAUAUGAAAUGAGCGUCAGCCUCUAGUAGAUUCCUCUGAUCGGAAGUCUGGC